AGAGAGAACGCCGCCGACCGGAGACUCGAGAUCCAAUUGAGCUUUGUCAGAAUUUUCACCUCGAACGGGGCCUUACAUCUGAAGCGAUCACUAGCUUCGAGGGUGCCGAUUGGGGCGGCUGCCGGCAGUUUUGGUGAUGCACAGGAUGCGUUUCUGCCAUUGUGUGAUCAGAAGUGCAGUGCACCUCCGUGGCUGCGCUCGACAGCCCAACCGGCCCAGGAUGUGCACUUGUUCGAAAACGGGCCCCGACCCCACCGGGGCGAAAGUCGUUGCACACCAUCGUUCGGCGUGACCGCGGAGCUGUAUGAACGGGGGAGACCCGAAUAUCCGUCCGAAUCGCUACGCUGGAUCUUGACUUCACCGCAUGCCGAUGAAGCUCGUUUGCGGGUGGCGGACGUCGGGGCAGGAACUGGCAAGCUGACGCGGGCUAUCGCUGCUGCCGGACAUGAGGUUGUGGCGGUUGACCCUGAUGUCGCGAUGCUGAAUACCUUGCGCGAUGUUGUUCUGAAUGUGCCCACGUUUGUCGGAACUGCGGAAUCGCUUCCGUUCCCGGAUGCGAGUUUCGACGCUGUGGUUCUAGCGCAAGCCUGGCAUUGGGUCGACCCAGUUGCCGGUUGCCGGGAGAUCGGGCGUGUGCUCGCGCCAGGGGGCGUUCUUGGCCUCGUGUGGAACCUUCGCGAUGUUUCCGAGCCGUGGGUUCGGCAGCUCAGUUCCAUUGUGGACGGGGGAGCGGCCCUUGAUAUGUUCGCAGAUGGUGCUCCGCCGAUUGCAGAUCCGUUCGAUUCUUUGAACAAGCAAGAGUGGCAUUGGAAAGCUUCGAUGAAACGUCGACAGAUCAGUGCGUCGAUCCUUUCGCGCAGUCAAUACAUCAAGGCUUCCCCAGCUGCUCGUGAAAAGAUC